GCUGGAAGAGUGGAGGUGAAACUACAGGGCCAGUGGGGAACUGUGUGUGGUUUCUACGAGUGGGACAUGAAUGAUGCUGCAGUGGUUUGUAAGCAGCUGGGCUGUGGAUCUGCUCUUGAAGCUCAUCAGGAAGCACGCUUUGGGCCAGGAUCUGGUCCCAUUUGGAUGUUUGCUGUAGAGUGUGAUGGCACCGAGUCUGCCCUGUCUGACUGCACAAACACAGAAUGGACUCGAAAGUACUGUCAUCAUGGUUUGGAUGCUGGAGUGACGUGUUCAGGACCUGUCUGGCAGCACCGAGGACCAGGUCUCACCAUGGCAGAGGCAGUGAGAGCAGCUCACAUGGCCGCCCACAGUCCUGAGGAAGGGCCCAACAUGGCCGGGGACUUUUGGCUGUUGGCCGAGGAUGUGCACAGCUGGCAGCGUACUCUGGCCCUGGCUGAGGACCCCCUCCUCAUUCAGGAGCUGGAGCCAAUGGCUGGUGAAGACAGCGACAGCAGUGCCCCAAUGGCCCGAGAACCACCUGGGAACGGGGUGCAUUUCCAGUGGCUCCAAGGGGUUCCUGAGCUUGGCUCAGAGCUUGGUGGGGCAGAGCAGGCUGCAGCAGCCAACAGUGGCUCGGCCCGCCUCCUUGGGCUCAAGUGCUCUGGGUGCUGCAGUGCCUGGGGCCAGUGCCAGGCAGACCAGGGUCUGCAGGAUGGCACCAGUUUGUACGAGCGGUUCCUGCGGCUGGGGGUUUGGGAGGGGAGGCAGCCCCCGAGAGCCGUGCUAAUGCCUGAGGAGCAGCAGGAGGGCUCUGGAUUUGUCCAGCUGGUUGGAGACAACAGCCCCUGCUCAGGACGAGUGGAGAUCCGUGAUGGGGACCAGUGGAAAACCGUCUGUGACUCAGACUUUGGUCCCAAAGCUGCCACCGUGGUCUGCAGGGAGCUGCAGUGCGGCACAGCCCUGUCUGUCGCUGGGGCAGCUCACUUUGGAGAAGGGGAUGGUCCCAUCUGGGACAGAGAGCUGCAGUGUGUGGGGAAUGAAUCCCUUCUUGCUUCCUGCCCCAGGGGAUCCCCAAGGGGCGAGCCCUGCUCCCACGCAAAGGAUGUCGGUGUCACCUGCACACAGUUCACAGGGUUCAGGCUGGUGAACGGCAGCACGGAGUGUGAGGGGAGGGUGGAGGUCCAGGUGCUGGGGACCUGGGGCACCCUCUGUGCCUCCCACUGGGAUCUCUUGGACGCCCACGUUCUCUGUCGUCACCUUGACUGCGGGUUUGCCAAGUCCAUUCCCAGGCCAGGUCAUUUUGGGAGAGCCACCCACCCCUUCUGGAGAGACUCAUUUCACUGUGACGGGACUGAAGGCCACCUGGGGCAGUGCCCAGUGACUGCUCUGGGGGCCUUGUGCUCCCACGAGAACGAUGCUGCUGUCAUUUGCUCAGGGCACGAGGCCAACCUGACCCUCUGCAACACCUCCCUGCCCGAGAGUUCAGCGGCGGCAGGGACUGCAGAGGACGUGGGAGUCAUUUGCUGGGGGAGCCGGCAGGUCCGGCUGGUGAAUGGGCCCGGGCGCUGUGCUGGGAGAGUGGAGGUCUACUACCAGGGCAGCUGGGGAACCAUCUGCGAUGACGGCUGGGACCUGUCGGAUGCCACCGUCAUUUGCCACCAGCUGGGCUGUGGCGGGGCAGUGCAGGCGGUUGGCUCCGCUCGGUUCGGGGAAGGCUCUGGUCAGAUCUGGCUGGAUGGCGUGAACUGCUCCGGGGCCGAAGAUUCUCUCUGGGACUGCCCAGCAGGGUCCUGGGGGCAGCACGACUGCGGGCACAAAGAGGACGCAGGAGUCGUCUGCUCAGAGUUCGUGGCCCUGAGGCUGGAGAACAGCAACAACUGCUCUGGGCGCCUGCAGGUUUUCUAUAACGGGACGUGGGGCAGCAUUUGCUCCAACUCCAUGACUCGCAAAACGGUGUUGCUGGCAUGCAAGGAGCUGGGCUGCGGGGAUGAAGGGUCCCUAGAAACACAACGGCCCUACGGCAGGACGUCUGGCCCCACCUGGCUAGAUCACGUGCAGUGUGGGGAGAGAAACAGCUCCUUCUGGCAGUGUCCUUCGGCUCCCUGGGACCCAGGGAGCAGGGGGGCUCUGCUGUGGGCUCUGCAGGAGUCACUUCUGCCCUACAGCAAUGGAGAGCGGCAGGAACAGGCGGAGCUCUGCCUGGGAAUGGACGAUGAGUCAGAUGAGAGCUGA